AUGGCUAAUAGCGCUACUAGGGUUAUCGCUACUGCGAAAGAUUUUGACAAAGUUGGAUUAGGGAUCAUUGGAUACUACCUUCAGUUAUAUGCAGUGGAAUUGAUACUGAGUGAAGUAGAUCGAUCGCAAGAGAUGAACAUGCUAGCUGCAGGGCUUCUUGACACUAUUGAAACUUUUAAAGAGGAAGUUGGCGGCGAAAGUGAAGCAGAAAACAGUGACAAAAGCGUACAGGUCAUGAACACGCUAAUACAUGACCAAGAAAAAGCCAAAAUUUACAUGCUUAAUUUUACGAUGUCGUUGUAUAACGAAAAGCUAAGACAAGUGAAAGACGGGCCCUGGGAUGUAACCUUAAGAAGAUCGCUUUGGUGUUGCAUUGACUUGUUUUCGUGUGUUCUACAUCUCUGGAAGGAAAAUAUAAGUGAAACCAGUGUAAGUUCAUUGGAAAAACGAAUGAAGUACUGCAAAGUUUUUUUGAGUAAAUUAGCUAAGGGAGAGUUUGGUCCUGGAGAUGAGACGAAGUUAGAUUAUACUGAUUUCGUAGAUGACAGCGACGAGAUUAAGGUUGAGGGAGCCGAUGACCUGAUGAAGGAUUUGAAAAGCAAUAGUGAUGUUGAAGAGGACGAUUUGACCUCCAGAGAUCAAGUGAAACCAAAUGAACAUUUAGGUGAGGUACCUAAGUUUAUCGAUGAUUCCGAUAAUAUAAAUGAUGAAGAACAGACCCCCGACAAGAUCGGAGAUGAAAUAAGACAAGAAAAGCAACCACAUACGAAGAAAGAAGUGGUACCCGCCCAUUCUUCUGUGUCAUCUGCACCUGUGGUGUCUGCAGUGCCAGAACACAAAUCAUAUUCAAAAGAUGAGUUGGCCCAAAUUAUGGACAAAUCCAGUAAAAUAGAGCAAAUCCAAAAAUUUGCCAAAUAUGCCAUAAGCGCAUUAAACUACGAAGACCUUCCCACGGCUAGGGAUGAGCUGACAAGGGCAUUGGAUCUACUGAAUUCGAUUUAA